AUGACCGCUCCCUUCCGUCCCGAUAGGCGGAGGCUAGCAACUCGCCUCGCCCUCGCGAUCGUUUUCGCCUGUCUCCUGUUGCUCUGGCUGAACGCCAAUUGGGCCAACCGGUCCGUUCAUCACGUGUCGCGAUUCAACCCGCAACAGAUUGAUCUGUCAAAUGCCGCCCACGUGCUGGAUUUAUGCCGACAGCACGGUUGGCCUCCCUACGCUCAGCCCGCCCAGCGGAAGGUUUAUGAUCUUAUCAUGGUCAACACCGAAUUGGACUGGUUGGAAAUUCGUCUCAAUACCACUUACCAUCAUGUCGACUACUUCAUCAUUGUCGAGUCCAAGAAGACCUUCACCAACCACGAUAAGCCCCUAGUCAUCAAGGACAACAUGGCCCGCUUUGCCCCGUACCGCGACAAGGUCAUCUAUCACGAGCUCCAGAUCCCCGAAGGGUUCCACUCGGACAGGCCCAACCCCUCCUGGGCGUGGGAGGAUCUUCAGAGGGACGCGACAUACAAGCAAGUGUUCCCAGCUUUGAGGGGGGCACAGGCACCCAUACAUGGCGAUGUCAUCAUCGUCGCUGACGUGGAUGAGAUCGUUCGCCCGGAGACGCUUGUCGUGCUUAAAUCCUGCAGCUUCCCGCGUCGACUUACGCUUCGGAGCCAUUUCUAUUACUAUAGCUUUCAGUAUAUGCACAAGGGUCCUCAGUGGCCCCAUCCUCAGGCGACGUACUACCAAGGCUGGAGGACGAUCCUGCCCGUGAAUCUGCGCAACUCGGACGGCGGCAUCCAGCCCUUGAUCGGGUUGGAAAAGGGCGAACUGUGGAAUGCCGGGUGGCAUUGUUCUACAUGUUUCUCUACGGUCAGUGAGGUCCUGACUAAGCUGGCGUCCUUCUCCCAUAUCUGGCUCAACCAGGAGGCUUACCGUGAUCGGGACCGUAUUGCGGAUCGCGUGAGGGGCGGGAAGGACCUCUGGGAUCGGGAGGGGCAAGAAUAUGAAAGAAUAGAGAACAACAGUGACAUCCCAACCGCUCUAUUAGGACACCCCGAUAAGUUUUCGUACUUGCUAAACCGGGACGGUCCAACUGCCGGGUUUUCUGACUAUCCCGAACGGUAG